AUGCCUUCUAUGGAUUCAGUGUGGGGCCUUCGCUGGCGGUCAUCAGCGUGGUUUAUCGUCACAACAAUGGUCGUGGCACUCUUCACGGAUACUUUUCUAGCCAGCUUCAUUGUCCCCAUCCUUCCAUAUAUGCUCGAAGACCGAAUCAGCUUAGACCCCUCCCGCACACAGAGCAUGACUACCUGGUUAUUGUUUGAGAAUGCAGCUAUCAGUGUGUGUAUUCGAUUGCCGUUAGCACAUUUUGCAGAUCAGUCUACUUCGAAGCGCAAAUGGUUUAUGUCCGCGCUGGUGAUCGCCCUUGGUAGUACUAUUGCGACUGCAUUCUCGUCGUCUUUGGCUGUGCUGUUCAUCAGUCGGUUCGUGCAGGCUUUCGCAAAUAGUAUCAUGUGGGUCGUGGGAUUCUCGACAUUAGCAGAUGUAGUUCCGAUUCAACAUACAGCGAAAGUCUAUUCUGCGGUAUCUGUGGCAAACUCGCUGGGUAGCUCCACUGGCCCCAUGUUAUCUGGUGUUUUGUUCCAGCUGGCAGGGUACUGGGUGGCAUGGGCCUUGGCCUUUGCGAUCAUCGGUGUCGAUAUAGCUUUUCAUACUACUAGAGACCCUGCGAUUAAACAAGACUCACCUUCUGAGCACUCGCCCCUUCUCUCUACCCAGCGCAUCUCCGACCAUUAUGAUGGUCCCAAGUCCCAGGAUCCUCCUAAGGCGAUGCCAAACUUCUAUAAAUGCAUUUUCAGCAAGCCCAACUUCUGUGCCGGCCUGUGGUGCGGUUUCAUGUUUGGUGUCAUAUUCACUGCAUUUAAUACCACAGUCACACUACAUGUCCGUGAUGCAUUUCAAUGGGGUGGCAUGCAAACUGGGCUUACGUUCGCAGCCCUACAAGCUCCCCGUCUCAUGAUGUCUCCAUUUGUGGGCUGGUUAAAAGACCGGAUAGGGACACGGAUACCAACUGUUUAUGGAUACGCCAUAUUGACUCCGUUAAUCUGGCUUUUGGGCAUUCCAGGCAGUGGGCUGUUUUCCUGGGCAGACACCGAGAGCCGGGGACCUGCUCUGUAUGUGUUAGCCAUGGUUUUGAUUGGAUUCAACUCCUCGUUUUUGAACGCAGCAGGAGCCAUUGAAGCUACAAUGGCUGCCAAAGAGCUGGCAAAGGAACACCCUGGGGCAUUUGGUCCUGGUGGUGGUAAGUCGCGAGCCCUUGCUCUAUCUGGUAUCACUUAUGUAUUGGGAUCUUGUGCUGGACCUGUCCUGGCUGGGACGCUCAAUGAGAAAUUUGGUUACUACGUAAUGAAUUGCGUUAUUGCUUCAUUGUCUGCUUUCACCUGCAUUGUUGCAUAUACUUGCCUUCCAAAGAGGAAAAUCGCAAAUGUAUAA